AUGCCUCCUCCCAGAGAUAAAGCAUUUGACAUGACCACCCCAGAACUCAAGUCCCUUCGCGCCAAUCUCAAGAAUGCCCGAUCCGAGUAUAGCCGUCUGCGCCUGGAGGCCGAAAGAAUCGACCAUGAAUUCAUUCUGGAGGGGGAUCGACUGAUUGGGAAAUCGUCAGUCAGACGUUCACGAGCUUUACAAGCUCACGCGGAGCACCGAAAGCACUACCAGCGGCUGUUUGAGAGCCACAAGUUGCGGAUCAGAAAGCUGACCAAGGCGGUUCAGGUGACGGAGGAAGCAGGCAGCUGGCCAAGCUGGAGCGCAUCGGAGCUACUCAUCCGAUGGCAGGCCGGCAUGAUGGACUACGGCGUCUUCCGCGACAAGGAGCCCGGCGAGCGUGUCCUCGCGGCCUUCGACAGCCUCGAGUACGAGCUCCAGCCACCGCUGCUCGGCCAGAUCCUGCACUGUUCGGCCGAGGUCGCGGCCGGCUGGUACCAGAAACCUACCGACUCCCAGUUCUGGAACGCUCAGCGCCAGCUCCGGCCGGGCUUUGCGGAGGAGGAAGAGGGCGCCGCCGACGACGACAACGACAACGUCCGGCCCGGGAGGAGCUCGGGCCAGGACCUGGCGCUCGGGGACUGGGUCGAUGACGGGUACGGAUGGAGUGACGAGGAGGUGCUUGAGGAAGGCGGCGGUGGGUGUGGAAAUGGAUAUGGUGCGGAGGAGGCGUAUGGUGGAGGUGGUGGUACGUCCGGCACGAGGGCUGUGGCUGGGUUUCUGCGUACUCCUGGCCGGGACGUGGAGAUGGCUGAUGCGGAAAUCCAAGCGCGUAUGCCCGGGUACAGACGGGACUUUGAGAUGUCUGAUACGGCGGAUGGGCCCGGCAACCACUAUGAAGACGAGUGUGUGAAGAUCGAGGAGUACGACCUGGCUAGAAGAGAAAAGAUGUCUCUUCGCGGUAGGUACUCCGGGCAGGGCUCUGUGAACAAGGGUGACGCGGCUGCGGCUGUUGAGGAUAUCUUGCCAUUCCGGGGCUUGAAGAAGGCAAAGAUCGUGCCGAUGGUCUGGGGCGCCAUCAGCCCACCGAUCCUAGCUACGAAUUACGUUGAUUGA